UCUAUUGGAGUUAAAGCUGUACACAUAGCGGUGAAGACAGUAAGAACAAAAAGUACCCCGGGGAAAAUACACGCUUUACCAUAAACGGCAGUGAAAAUGCAGAGUGAGGGAUCAAUUGAUGUCCUAUCUGGUGUGAAUAAGCGCAUCAUAACAUUUCUUAUAGACAAUACCAUUAACGACACAUGGAUGGAAACUCUCGAAACUAACAUGACAAAAUGCGAGGCUUUCAACAGUUUUAUGACCGACGCAAACUUUGGCCGUUUCAAGGCAAAGGGCGUUUUCGGGUCUGACGUUCAAGAAAGACUCGAAAAGCGUCUAAAUCUGGGAGACACACAGCGCACGCUGAUCAGUGGUAGCACGGCUGAGGGUCUCAGCCUUCCCCACGCUUACAAAGCAGGCACUUUUAAAAUCGACUCCUCUGAUGUAGAUACUUUGUUCAUCAUAGGGAAUUUCACGGUUACUGAUUACCCCACUCGAGACCAGUCCGGCACUUUCUUUUUUAAUACCACGGAAACAUUCCCCGGUUAUGUGAGACUGGAAUAUGAAGAAAGAUAUUCAAACUUGAAAAGCGUCAUGAGGCAUACUGACGUCGUACGUUUGGCAAAGGUGCGCACAAGCGAAGGCGAACCAGUGUACUUUUUGCAGUCCGGCAGCAUAGUGAAAGAUUACAUCGUGGACACUAUUGGGGAACGCAAUGAAGAAGGCAUCCUGCACGGUCCUGCCUUUACCACAGCCGAGGCUAGGCGUACAACAGGGCAGAUCCUUACCGAAAGCAGCUGGGACCGAGUCCCCGCCAUAAGUUGCCCUGACUGGCCUAAACAAGCCAUUGAAUGGAUUACUAGAAAGCGUAAUGGAUGGCCAAGCGUUGGUACCAUUGUGCAGAUUUGCAAAAGAGAAUGCUUUGUAGUCCCCGUUGCCCAUCCUCAGAGUACGUUUAAGGAAGUAGAGUGGCGACUUUCGUUUACUGUGGCAGAGCAACUUCUUGCAAAGAGUCUCCCCAAAUGCGUUCGGAAGAGCUUCAUGAUGUUUAAGCUCCUUUGCAAGCACGAGCUAGCUGACGUUGAAUUUUUAUCAACGUAUUAUCUGAAAACAACGCUGUUUUGGGCCUGCGAGAGAGCUCCCCAUCUGUGCAAAGAUACUUGCAACGAAUUGCUAGCAGCGUUCGUCCACCUUCUUGAGACAUUGAUCACAUUUCUGUCUAAGCACAACUUGCCAAAUUAUUUCAUUCCGGAUAACAAUAUGCUGAGCCACGUUGGCAGGGACUUCGUCAGGGACGCACUGAGAAAGCUUGUUCACAUUCGCUGCCAGAUUCUACCAGUCAUCAGGAGAUAUUACACCUUGAAUAGACUAGAUUCUCUCCCUUUGACGUUCGGGUUCGAUUGGAUUUACCAGUCUAUUCUUCACCAUGACUCGAUGACAAAUGAAGAACUGGAAUCUGCGUUGUUGGAUUGUUUGGUCCGAUUAUCAACUGCCUUUUUCUUGGAGGGCAGAGAAUUCAUGGCGGUGGAUCUAAUCAAAACCAAAUCAAUGUGGCCGGUUGUAAUUUGGGAAGAUUCAGCCAAAAUUGCCCAGAAAUUUGUCACAGAUUAUGUUGGUGGAGCCAAUGAAUUACUGAACAACAAGAUAUCCACGCUGGAAAAUUUGAGAACAAUGUUUCUUGAUACAAAGAUGGAUAACGUCACAGUUUUGAGAAAAUUGGGCUUGCUUUAUUUUUGUAAAUCAGAACAUACAGGCGACAGAGAUGAGAAGACCAAGACUGCCAAAAUGGCUGAGAACAUGUUACAACAGUGCCAGCUUAUGGUAACCGAAGAUGUCGAAGGCUAUAACUUUCAUCGUUUUCUCUCCCUUCUCUACCUAGGGAUCGUUUUGUUCAAGAUGGGGCGUUUCCAAGAUGCUGUGAAGACGAUGCAAAAGGUCCUUGAGUUGAUGGACAAAUCGCUGGAUGAGGCAGAAAGUGUCUUUUUUUAUCAGUCGGAUUCCGUUGCCCUGCCAGAUGGUCACGCGAAAGUUCUUGAGGCAUCUGAAGUCGUAGUGAUCUCUGCGAAAUGUCUCGCACUUUGCGAACUUGCUAUCGCACAUUGGCGCCUAGGGAACACCAAAGAAGCAGAAGAGGCAUGCGGAAAGCUAAGCACCUACUGUGAGACCACAGAGUCUCCACCAAACAGCAGCUUUUUUCUUCUGGGUUCUGUGUAUGAGGAAUUCGGCCAGAUCAACAAAGCGUGUCAAGCAUAUCUGGCAGAUUGUCGAAUCGAAGCCCAGAGACAGACCGUCGCCAUCUUUCCUGACAAUGGACUUGUAUACAAGAUGUGCGUUCUCGGGAAUUUGGCGUUCUUAAGAGAAAAUGCAAGCCUACACCAUUCAUAAUUGACUUCGACUAACCUUGAGCCAGCACUCAGAUUUUGACCGCUUAUGAACAAAAAAGGUUUUGGGCCUAUCGUUCGCAAAUUUAAUACUACAAACUUUUUUGUGUGUUUAACAAUACACCUUUAGGGAGCUUUUAAUCAUAUACAUGUAUAUGGCAUAAAAUGCAGCAAGGGUUGCUGAAUUUUAGUUUUCAAAAUUUCAAUAAAACUUAUCAGAACGUGAGGCAAUGUAUUUAAGAUGGCAUGAUAAUCGUGAUCAGAACCUUGUAAAUUGUAAUGCAAAUUGGUAACAAGCUAGCUUGGUUGGAUAUGAGCCCGUGAUUAACUUGGAAUGUAAAUUUUUGAUAUUAGAUUG